AUGGCUACCGUGGGCAAUGACGAGGCUUUUGGCCCGGUGUCUGCCACAUGGCUGGAUUUCACGCUAUUUUUUGAACACACGAUUCUUGGAAUACUUCCCACAGGCUUGCUGCUUGCCAUUACGCCGCUCUAUUUUUACAUGUGCGCCAAGCGGCCCGUGUGCAAUCGCACCGGUUUCGUUCUGUGGGCUGAGCUAGUUGCUUCGAUCUCCCUGAUCGGUAUAGAAACUGCAAAUUUUGUUCUGUAUGCUCGAACACCGUCGAUUCGAACCGAUACUGCUCUAGCUGCGGCAUCGUCAUCGUGCGCUGGUAGCGUGGCAAUUGCGUUUCUGCUAUUCAUCGAGUACCGACACUCUCUUCGACCGACUGCUCUCCUCAGUCUAUACAUCAUCGUCAGUCUUCUGAUAGAUGUGCUCAAAAGCCGCUCGUAUUUUAUUCGCCAUGAACUGCAGUUACUCGGCAGCCUUUCCGCAGCAGCAGGUGCAAUGAAGCUUUGCAUCACGGUUCUGCAGGAGGUUCCCAAACGACACCUCUUGAUAGACAACGAACUAAGAGACUCGACCGGGAGAGAAGCUACCAGCGGAUUCUUCUACCGAAAUUUCUUUGGCUGGCUCAAUUCGAUUUUCGCGGCUGGUUUCCACUCCGUUCUCAGGAUCAAGGAUCUGGAAAAGCUUAGCCCAGAACUCGCUUCCAAAAGCCUUUACCCCAAGUUUCUUCAAAUCUGGGAAACAGAAAAAAACAACAAAUCCAGUGGGCGCCUUGCCAUUGCGUGCUUCCGCACACUCUGGUGGCAUAUCCUUGCGGUACCGCUGCCGCGAUUGCUGUUCUCCCUCCUAAGUCUCGCGCAGCCUUUCUUACUGAGGCGGAUUCUAGAAUGCAUCUCGGACGGUGACGCCGGGACCUACGAAAAAGUUGGCUUACUCACAGCUACAUUCCUGACCUUUGCCAUGCGUGCCGUCGCACGAGGCUCCUACACGCAUGCCAAUUAUCGACUUGUCACUGCCACUCGUGGCGUUUUAAUAGCAGCCAUGGCCGACAAGCAGCUGCGGCUUACACACACAGAACCUUGCCACAUUUUCGAUUUUUUUUUCCCUUUCUUUUCUCGGUAA